AUGGCUGGACCCACCAAUCCUAAACAGAAGAUCACAAGAUCGUUGGACGAAAGAGUCGCUGAUGCCUUACGAGCACGUGGCCCUUUCUUCCAACGUUCAGAGACGCACCUUUCCCGCGAACCUGUCCAGACUGAGCCGACUGUCACGCUGCGCAGAACAGCCCCGACAGAUGGGCGAAGCUUUGCCCAGCAAGCGGCCCAGUUGACGCGUUUCUGGAACGGGGCCACGGACACAAUCACCCUAUCUGGAGUAGAAGUCGUGCCUACAAGAGCUACGGAGCCUCAAUCUGGAGCAACAAACAAUACGGUUGAUACUGCGAAUCGGCACGAUCAGGACAAUAUGCUCGGCCGUGGAAUGAUGGACUUUGAAACCCAAGAUGGAGGUAACAGCGUGACCGCGACACAAGGCACUCCUCAGUUUCCUCCUAGCUCUGUCUGGAACGACAUCACCACCUGGACCCCGCCCUACGACGAUGUCUUUGCAGACUUUGAAUUCCUGAAUGAUGGCUUUCCCGAUGUCAACUUUCCAGCGAUUCCGGAGAUCGACCGCGCAGCUACUCUUGAUCCACGUCAGGCUCUUCCAGCUCGACUUCCUACUCCUCCUCGCAUGCCUCACAUCCCAUUCUUCGGAGUGCGUGGUACGGGACAAAACCGUGAUCCUUAUCGAUUCGCCAGUGGCCAGCCCUUUCUACCCCGUCCAGACAGCCCCACGAGUUGUAGAGCAUGUAUGGAAGAUCUGGAAAGUCCGAUUUUCCUUUCUUGCGGUCAUGGGUACUGCCAGCCGUGUCUCAACCACUUGGUGCGUUCCGGCCUUGCGAACAAGAUGUCUUUCCCGCCAAGAUGUUGCACUGGCCGUCGAGGUAUAGACAUGGCUUCUAUCCAGGCGCAUCUGGACCAGGAUGUUCUCACACGGUACCUUGACGUGGUUGAAGAGUUCUCUACCCCCAACCCAGUCUAUUGCGCCAAUCCAGUCUGCAGCCGGUAUAUUGAACAGAGCCGUGUUCGAGACACUCCGGGAAAGUUCGUACAGUGUGGCCAAUGUCAGACGCCAACCUGUACUGAAUGCAAACAAGGCCACCGAGAGCACACUGGUCGUGACGCAAUGACUUGUAAGAAGGUGGAAGAGUUGAUGAACCCUGGUGAUCGGAAACUUGCGCAGAAUAACCAGUGGAAGCAAUGCCCAGGCUGCAAGAACCUCGUCGAGAAGACCGAAGGCUGUAACCACAUGAUUUGCGAAUGCGGCACAGACUUCUGCUACAGAUGUGGCACGAAGCAAGAUGGGUAUGCACAAUGCGACUGCUACGGCGGUGGAUAUGAAUUUCCCAUGCCCACGUCCAAUGCACUGGACGCCACACAAUUGCAACCAGGCCCGAUACGACCUGGGGCACUCUAUGAUGCCAUACGCACCACCCAAGCCUUACGCCAGAGCAACACACGCCGGGCUGAGGCGGCCGAACCAGCAGGCACAGGCCGCGGUCAUCUCUCUCAUCUCUCUCAUCUACGCCAAGCAGCAACCGCAGCAGGACAGCUGAUGAAGAGUCUGAGACGAGACCAUGCCACCGUCCAGCAAGCAGUUGGAACCAAUGGACAACAGGCGAGGGACGAUCUGGUCGAGGCUGAGAGACGUCGUGCAGCUUCUUCGCGCGAUAGACGCAACGACCUCCUCCUACGCGACGGUCCGAUCUUCCACACCGAUCCGAUCCGCAACGAUCCAAUCAUGCGUCGCUCAACUGAGCCCGUCCCUAACACACGCUAUCACUAUCGCACAGACAUCACCUAUGAGCCCGCAGCAGAACCGACCCAGCAUGGUUCACUUCGACCACUUCAGAACGGCUCGGCUUCCACCAUCUAUGAGUCCUACAUUGGUGCAAUGCGCACAAUGCGCGGUCAAAUGGCAGACUGGGAUGCAUUGUUCCAAACUCCGCGUAGUCAGGGCGAGGAGUCCCGUGGUUUGAAGCGCGAAAUCGCCAUGACCGAGCCUCUAGACAUGGGUUCAGGGCCAGCCCUCAGAAUGCGUCUUCCUCCCCAAACCGAGGACAGACCAGAACCUAACGCCAUGGUAAGCCCAAACCUCAGUCCCGUCCGUGAAGCAGUAUCACCAGACCGAGCGCAGCCAUACAGUCAUUUCACCUUGCCAUACUCAAACACGCCACCUGCACCGACCGGACGUCAAGCACGUGCAAUGAUAGACGAGAAUAACCCACCAGCAUGGUUGGUCUCGAAGCGCGCCGAUGUUCGCCAGGCAGAGGAAAGAGAGGCAUGGCUUGAGGAGAAUGGUAUCUUCCCGGGAGACGACCUCGGUUUCUAUCUCGACGGCAGAAUCUCCCCGCGUCUCACAAGAAGUGGUCGUGGAAAUCAAGACAAUCCCGUUACAGGAUCCUUACGAGCCAUCAACAAUGCGCCAAGAGGUCAAGGUUCCAAGCCAAUGAAAGGCAACGAGCGGCCCUAG